GGGCUCAUGAUUUAAUAUAAACGCGAGAAACGGCUGUUGACGUUUAGUUUCCAAAAUGGCGCGAAAUAUUAUGUUGUGUUUGAUUUUGAUGAUGGUAGUGUGCCUUGUCUAUGGCGCUGGAUCAGACUGUGAGCUUCCGAAAAUUGUUGGCAAUUGCAGAGGCAGAAUCCGGAGCUUCUUCUUCGACAUAACGACGCACCAGUGCCGUCCGUUCGUCUACUCGGGCUGCGGGGGCAACGGCAACCGCUUCUACAGCCGCGACGAGUGUCAGUUCGCCUGCCAUUACUUCAUGAAACUCCAGCCUAAGAACUGGUAACGUCCAGGAGGGGCAACCGCGAGAAAUUGUCCAUUUACAUCUCUCGCAUUAUUAGUGACUAAUAUGAAAACACGAAGUUCCUUCAUUUACUGAGGGAACGGUGAAUACAUGCGUAUUGUUAUGAUAAAUUGUGAAAAAGUUUCAUUAUUAAAAUGUUACAACUA